AUGCAGGUCUCUGUGCAGACAGACACUCUGCGAGUACUUGGAGCUAAUCCUGUGGAUUACCUUGUUACCCCAAGGGUGAUUGCUACUUGUGUUGCUUUGCCAAUUUUGACUCUUAUGUGUUUCACCAUUGGAAUGGCUUCUAGUGCUCUCCUGGCUGAUAGUGUGUAUGGUGUUAGUGUCAACAUUAUAUUGGAUUCAGCUCAGAGGGCUCUCAGGCCUUGGGAUAUAGUCAGUGCAAUGAUCAAGUCGCAGGUGUUUGGUGGGAUCAUUGCUGUUGUGAGCUGUUCAUGGGGGGUUACCACUCUGGGAGGUGCAAAAGGUGUUGGUGAGUCCACCACUUCGGCGGUGGUGAUAUCGCUUGUUUGUAUCUUCAUUGCUGAUUUUGCCCUCUCUUGUUGCUUCUUUCAGGGUGCAGGAGAUUCACUCAAGACCAUGUAA